GCGCUCGCCGCCGAGCCCCCGCUCCCGGGCGCGCGGGUCCGAGGCUGUGCCGGCUCCCGCGCCUCCCGGCUGGCCGGUGCUGCGGGCGCCUCCGGGGGAAGCUGCGGGUGGCGCGCUCGCCGGAUGCUAAACUACUGGCGGACUGCAGAGGAGAGGGGUCCCGUCUUCUCCUGAUGUGUGAGUAACCCCCACCCCGCGCUGUCUUUGCUCUUCCAUCCUCUCCCCCUCCCCCACCGCCAGUCCCGAUUUUCCCACCCCCUUUUUGCGCAGUUCAAAAAAAAAAAAAAAAAGUAAAGCGAUUUCUGCUGCGAGCUAAGACGGGCGAGCCGCCCGAGAUCUCUUCAGGAUCCCCCAGGGGAGGAGGUGAUGGGCUGGAUUUAGUAGGACAACUCGAUUACUAAUGACUCCGCGGCUGGCUGCGCCCCGCCGGGAAAUCAGGUUUGCCUGUAGGUACCUGAACUGACACCGACGGUGCCUAAAGAUGCUGAGCGGCGUUUGGUUCCUCAGUGUGUUAACCGUGGCCGGGAUCUUACAGACGGAGAGCCGCAAAACUGCCAAAGACAUUUGCAAGAUCCGCUGCCUGUGCGAAGAGAAGGAAAACGUCCUGAAUAUUAACUGCGAAAACAAAGGAUUUACAACCGUCAGCCUGCUCCAGCCCCCCCAGUAUCGAAUCUACCAGCUUUUCCUCAAUGGAAACCUCCUGACGAGACUGUAUCCUAACGAGUUCGUCAAUUACUCCAACGCCGUGACUCUCCACCUGGGCAACAACGGGCUGCAGGAGAUCCGAACCGGGGCGUUCAGCGGCCUGAAAACCCUCAAGAGACUGCACCUCAACAACAACAAGCUCGAGGUGCUGAGGGAAGACACCUUCCUGGGCCUGGAGAACCUCGAGUACCUCCAGGCCGACUACAAUUACAUCAGCGCCAUCGAGGCAGGGGCCUUCAGCAAACUCAAUAAGCUCAAGGUGCUCAUCCUGAAUGACAACCUUCUGCUGUCCCUGCCCAGCAAUGUGUUCCGCUUCGUCCUGCUGACCCACUUAGACCUGAGAGGGAACAGGCUGAAGGUGAUGCCCUUCGCUGGCGUCCUUGAGCACAUCGGCGGGAUCAUGGAGAUCCAGCUGGAGGAGAACCCAUGGAACUGCACUUGUGACUUGCUUCCUCUCAAGGCUUGGCUGGACACCAUAACCGUGUUCGUCGGGGAGAUAGUCUGCGAGACUCCCUUCCGGCUGCACGGGAAAGACGUGACCCAGCUGACCAGGCAAGAUCUCUGUCCCAGAAAAAGUACCGGCGACUCCGGUCAGAGGGGCGGCCAUGCCGACACGCACGUCCAAAGGCUGUCGCCCACCGUGAAUCCCGCUCUCAACCCAACCAGGGCUCCCAAAGCCAGCCGACCCCCCAAAAUGCGAAAUCGCCCGACUCCCCGGGUCACCGUGUCAAAGGACAGGCAGAGCUUCGGACCGAUCAUGGUGUACCAGACCAAGUCCCCCGUGCCUCUCACCUGCCCCAGCAGCUGCGUCUGUACCUCUCAGAGCUCGGACAACGGUCUCAACGUAAAUUGCCAAGAAAGGAAGUUCACGAACAUCUCCGACCUGCAGCCCAGGCCUACCAGUCCAAAGAAGCUCUACCUGACAGGGAACUAUCUUCAAACUGUCUACAAGAACGACCUCCUAGAAUACAGUUCUUUGGACUUGUUGCAUUUAGGGAACAACAGGAUCGCCGUCAUUCAGGAAGGUGCCUUCACAAACCUGACCAGUUUACGCAGACUUUACCUGAAUGGCAAUUACCUUGAAGUGCUGUACCCUUCGAUGUUUGACGGACUGCAGAGCUUGCAGUAUCUCUAUUUAGAGUACAACGUCAUCAAGGAAAUUAAGCCACUGACCUUUGAUGCUUUGAUUAACCUCCAGCUGCUGUUUCUGAAUAACAACCUGCUGCGCUCCCUACCCGACAACAUAUUUGGGGGAACGGCCCUCACCAGGCUGAAUCUGAGAAACAACCAUUUUUCUCACCUGCCUGUGAAAGGGGUUCUGGAUCAGCUUCCGGCCUUUGUCCAGAUAGAUCUGCAAGAGAACCCAUGGGACUGCACCUGUGACAUCAUGGGGCUAAAGGACUGGACGGAACAUGCCAAUUCCCCCGUCAUCAUCAAUGAGGUGACCUGCGAAUCUCCCGCAAAGCACGCGGGGGAGAUCCUGAAGUUUCUGGGGAGGGAAGCUAUCUGUCCCGACAGCCCGAACUUGUCAGACGGAACCGUUUUGUCCAUGAAUCACAACACAGACACUCCUCGGUCGCUUAGUGUGUCUCCCAGUUCCUACCCAGAGCUCCACACUGAAGUUCCACUUUCCGUCCUGAUUUUAGGAUUGCUUGUUGUCUUUAUCCUAUCUGUCUGUUUUGGGGCUGGCUUAUUCGUCUUUGUCCUGAAACGCAGAAAGGGGGUGCCGAGUGUGCCGAGGAGUUCCAACAACCUAGACGUCAGCUCCUUCCAGCUACAGUAUGGGUCUUACAAUACCGAGGCUCAGGACAAAACAGACGGCCACGUCUAUAACUAUAUCCCCCCGCCCGUGGGGCAGAUGUGCCAGAACCCCAUCUACAUGCAGAAGGAAGGAGACCCAGUAGCCUAUUACCGAAACCUGCAGGACUUCAGCUACGGCAACCUGGAGGAGAAGAAAGAAGAGCCGGCCCCGCUGGCUUACACGAUAAGUGCCACUGAGUUGCUCGAGAAGCAGGCCACGCCGAGAGAGCCCGAGCUGCUGUAUCAGAACAUCGCUGAGCGAGUCAAGGAACUUCCCAGUGCAGGACUGGUCCACUAUAACUUUUGUACCUUACCGAAAAGGCAGUUCGCCCCUUCGUACGAAUCUCGACGCCAAAACCAGGACAGAAUCAAUAAAACCGUUUUAUACGGAACUCCCAGGAAAUGCUUUGUGGGGCAGUCAAAACCCGACCACCCUUUACUGCGAGCUAAGCCGCAAUCAGAGCCAGACUACCUCGAAGUUCUGGAGAAACAAACUGCAAUCAGUCAGCUGUGAAGGGAAACCAUUUACAACCCUCCGGCUUCCAAGGAUGCUGCUCCAGACUGGUGGAGACACUGCGUUUGCUUUUGUGUGUGUUUGUGUCCUCCCUCUCUCAGCAUCAAUGGGGGACUUUGAAAAUGUUUGGGGGAUGGGGUGAAGCAAUGAUACUGCUUUUCCGAGUUUUCCUUUAAAUUAUUUCUCUCUUGCUCCCCCCACCCCGCCUUCUCUUCCCCUCACCCUCCCUUCUCUCCUUAGGAAUCAUCAGUGAACAUGAAUGUUUCUACAGUGCAUUGUUUCGUAUAUUUUGUUUAUGGUUUUCUUUUUUCUUCUUUUAUUUUUCCAGUGUGGGAAUGGGAAGAGGAGAUUAUAAUGAAUGAAGAAAGAGUAAGCAGACUUUUCAUGUAAAAAUGGAUAUUCAGUGUAUUUUGUAGAAGAUCUCCAAAGAUCUUUUGAGACUAUAAAUUCUUUUGUAAAUAAUGAUAUAUGGUAUUUCCGUCUCCAGUUACCAAGUAUAGCCACUAGGCAUCACUUCUUUGUGUUAAAGUGCCUUUGCACUUUAAGUACAUUACUUAAAUGUUGCUUUUAGCUUUGAUAAAUUGAACAUAUUUUAAUGUGUUGUAUUUUUGAAAUCAAAAACACUGUAAAAUAGAUCAAAAUGUCAGCUCUAUUAAGUCAACGUACAGUUUGCUUGAGUUAUAGAAACCAGCCUGUCAUCAAAUGAUUCUAGUUGUAGGACUUUAGAGAUUUAACUGUAAAAUAUUUCCUUUCCUCUGGGUUUGUUCUAAGUGAUUUUAUUUAAGUCAACUAAGGUGAUUUAACAGUGGACUAGAGGUAAGAAACUGCCUCAGUCGGGAUUAGUAAUUCAUUAAUAAAAUAUAUUUAACCCAA